GAAAGCAAUUCUGCAUUGCCAAGAACAGAAAAUAACUCUAUAAUCCAUCCCAAGAACCCUCAAAGCUCAACCAAUGGACAAUCUCUGUUUCAUGAGCAUCGUUGUUUAUGUUCUUUUCUCUGGUUUCAAAGCUUCCAUGGCAGUUAGUUCCAUUCGUCAAUCCCAAAACCUCAGUGACGCUUCAAGAACAACGUUAGUUUCCCAAGGUGGAAAAUUUGAGCUUGGUUUCUUCACCCCAGGAAACUCUGGCAAACGCUACCUGGGAAUUUGGUACAAGAAAAUCCCACAAACUGUAGUCUGGGUAGCAAAUAACAUCAACCCAAUAAACGACUCCUCUGGCGUAUUGACGGUAAAUGCCACCGGCAACCUCGUCCUGACCCAAAACAACACAGUCGUCUGGUACACUAAUUUAACAAAGCAGGCUCAAGAUCCAGUAGCAGAGCUCUUAGAUUCUGGUAACUUUGUGGUAAGAGAUGUAAAUGAAGCAAACCCAGGAGUUUAUUUGUGGCAAAGCUUCGAUCACCCUUCCAAUACAUUACUUGCUGGGAUGAAGCUGGGAUGGGACCUGAAAAAUCAUCUGCAUAGGAAAAUAACUGCUUGGAAGAGCCCAAAUGAUCCAACGCCAAGUGGGUUUUCUUGGGAAUUACUGCUGCAUAACUAUCCAGAGUUUUUCCUUAUGAAGGGAUCAGACAAGUUCAUGAGAAUCGGACCUUGGAAUGGUUUAUAUUUCAGUGGCGUACCGGAUUUAAAGCCAAACCCGAUUUAUGAUUUCAACUUUGUAUCCACUCCGGAUGAGGUUUACUACAUCUAUAGCCUCAAUAACACUUCUGUGAUCUCAAGAUUGAUGAUGAACCAAACCAAGUCUCAGGGUAUACGUUAUGUGUGGGUGGAAGCAUAUCAAAAUUGGAUAACUUAUCAGUCACUGCCUAAGGAUUAUUGUGAUAACUAUAACCUCUGUGGACCAAAUGGGGAUUGCAUUAUCAGUGACUCACCUGUUUGCCAAUGUUUGAAAGGGUUCAAGCCUAAGAUACCACAAGCUUGGAACACAAUGGAUUGGUCAGGAGGAUGUGUGAGAAACGAAGCAUUGAACUGUAGCAAUGGAGGCAAGGAUGGGUUUAUCAGAUUGACUGGGUUGAAAGUGCCAGAAACUGAACACACCUGGGUAGAUCAGAAUAUGAGUCUAGAAAGAUGCAGAGAGGCGUGUCUAAGUAAUUGUUCUUGCAUGGCCUAUACAAGUUCAAAUAUAUCAGGAGCAGGCAGUGGCUGUGUUAUGUGGUUUGGAGACUUAAUUGAUAUCAGACAGUCUACUUCUGAUGGGCAGGAUCUGUUUAUUCGAAUGGCUAUUUCCGAGCUAGAAGACGAAGGUGAGAGCAAGAAGAAACUGACAAUAGCAAUUGUCUCAAUCUUGGGUGGAAUUUCCGUGAUGCUUUUACUAGGAUUUUGUUGUUAUCUCCACCAAGACCAGAGGAAGAGGAAGAUGACUGAUAAACCAGAAAACAAUGAAGAAGACCAAAACCAGGGAGAAAGCGAGGAUGAUCUGGAUCUACCAUUGAUUGACUUUUCAACAAUAGCUGUUGCCACCAAUGACUUCUCGUUAGAGAACAAGAUUGGAGAAGGAGGUUUUGGACUUGUAUAUAGGGGAAAACUAGUCCAUGGACAAGAGAUUGCUGUUAAGAGGCUUUCAGGAAGCUCAAGGCAAGGAAUAGUUGAGUUCAAGAAUGAAGUAAAACUGAUAGCGAAACUCCAGCACCGCAAUCUUGUCAAGCUUAUUGGUUGUUGCACCCAAGGAGAAGACAAAAUGCUGGUGUAUGAGUACAUGCCAAAUGGCAGCUUGGACUGUUUCAUUUUCGAUGAUGAGAAAGGCAAAGUGCUAGAUUGGUCUAAACGAUUCCAUAUUAUUUGUGGAAUUGCUAGGGGUCUUGUCUAUCUUCAUCAAGAUUCUAGAUUAAGGAUUAUUCACCGAGAUCUUAAAGCAAGUAAUAUCUUACUUGAUGAUAAAUUAAAUCCAAAAAUAUCAGAUUUUGGCAUUGCUAGAAUUUUUGGAGGGGACCAAAUAGAAGGAAACACAAAGCGAGUAGUUGGCACUUACGGAUAUAUGGCACCAGAAUAUGCCAUAGACGGCCUUUUCUCCGUGAAGUCGGAUGCUUUUAGUUUUGGGAUAUUGUUGUUGGAGAUUAUAAGUGGAAAGAGAAGUAGAGGGUUCUAUCAUCCAAACCACUCCCUCAACCUAAUUGGUCACGCUUGGAAUCUAUGGAAAGAAGGAAGAUCAACAGAACUGAUAGACUCAAACUUGGUGGAAUCAUGCAAUCUAUCGAAAGUACUACGUUGUAUUCAUGUUGGUCUCUUGUGUGUCCAACACUACCCAGAGGAUAGGCCCACCAUGCCUUCUGUGGUUCUAAUGUUGGGAAGUGAAACUGAAUUGCCUCAACCUAAAGCGCCUGGUUUCUAUACAAAGAAGGACUUCGUUGAAACAAACUCCUACACAAGUCAAAUGGAAAUGAACUCUACCAAUGAAGUAACCAUUACCUUGUUAGAAGCUCGAUGAUAUUAAAAUCUGUACACAAGGAUGGGCACAAGUGGAGCUACGCAGAAGAGAAGCAACCAAAUAUCCAAUAGGAAGAAGGGUUUAUUUUUCCACUUCACAGCAGUGAGUAAACUUGUAAUUCAUGAGUUCUGAAAAGACGAAGUGGAUGUUAGCAUGAACAACCAAAAUUUUUCCGAGAUAGGUUGAAACCUGUUUUGAUUAUGCAGAGAAG